AUGACUGGUGUCGCCCUUCGCGAUCGGCUGCACAGCCUCUGGGUCUCUCUCACUGAUCCGAGGAUGGAACAGCGGGUUGAUAGCGACAAUAUUAUACCAUCCCGGUUUCUCUCUGACAAUAAUAUUAGUCUAAUUCUCGACUCCUUCACACCCAAAGCCACCGAAGCGGACAGCUUGAACAAGCAACCGCCUGUUCUUUUCCGCCUCCGUCCUUGUGAAAUUAUUAUGAACCACCCCAUCAAUCCCUGGGACAGCUUUUUCACGGACAAAAUGCAGGUAGACACCUCACCGGCCAUUCGGGUCCAGAGGAUCUUUGAUCGCGAGUCCAUGCCCUUAUACCGCGGAAGGUCUCUCGCCCGUUACCUCGACAAAUGGGCCAUGGGCGGAUACCCUCGUCACCUCCCGCCCGCUGUGCCAGAUCUCCCUACGCUCUGCGGAAUCGACAGCGUUUCAGACCCCCACCCGUUGAACACGGAGACACGCGGGUGGCUGAAGCCCGGCCGGUGGACUGAUAUCCAGUGGGAAAACUACAUCUACGAGUACACUGAGACCAGGCCUGAUGGUAGUAUUCUCCAUCCUCAUCUGAUUCUGCUCGGCGUGCAGUCCUGCAACGGCAUAGACAAUACUAUAAGCCUGGGCGAGCUUACUACUAUCGUCACCGCCAUGCGCUGCCGGGCCUAUCAGCCCGCCGUCUUUAAUGAAGACGCAAUCCUAGUCGGCGACGAGCAACAGUCGGUAAACGGUAACCCGAGCCCGGGUAGCGAGGAUGAAUUGGCCUUUAAGGGCGAGAAGAGGUUCCCAGUCAUCAUGGCUUCUCUCGUCGGCCCCCAGCAUGUCCGGAUUAUUUACGCUUGCAUGAACGGCUUGGAGCUUUGCAUCAGAGCAUCGGCAUGCCACAAGAUUAUCCCGGAGACCGAGAUAAUGGUGCAUAAUAUCGGCAGUGUCCUUCUGAGUAUGCCAUUGCAGGAGGCUUCUUAA